AUGUUGAUCACCGUGGCUAUUCUCUACGGAUUGUCUCAACUUCCACGUCAUAUUGUCUAUCUGCAUGGUUCUUUACACCGCGAAUUUUGGCAAACCAGCUGGUCUGUUCGACUCUGGACUGCGGUCAGUUUCACACGUGAUUCGUCUACCUGUUACAAUCCAUUUAUUUACGCCUGGGUGAAUAAGAAUUAUCGUCAUGAGGUGUAUCGACUACUGCGUCCUCUGUGCGCUCCGUGUCGUCUGAUGCGAAAGCGUUUCACACAAAUCUACCGAGAAUUUCGGCAUCGAGGUUUGCGUGAAACAAAUCGUCAUCCCGUCACAACAACGAAUUCCGCAUCACUUCCCGGCACACAUAUACGGUCGGUUUUUUUCAAAGACACCUACGACGAUGUGCGUGUGGUGAAUAGUGUUCCCAAUUUCGGUGCCCAAGCCCCAGUACUCUCAAACUGUUACAGUGUCACUUUGCCCAUUCAGAACCCGGAUACCGGAGCGGUGGCCCCGAUCGUUCAACACAUGUCAAUGAUUUCAUUGUCCCGAUGA